AUGUCCUCAGGCAGUGUGAGGUUGGUGAAUGGUGGAAGUCGCUGUGCUGGGAGAGUGGAGGUUCUUCAGGAUGGUCAGUGGGGAACAGUGUGUGAUGAUGGCUGGGAUCUGGACGAUGCUGCAGUGGUGUGUAGAGAGCUGCACUGUGGGGACGCUGUAGAUGCACCACAAUACAGUCACUUUGGCCCGGGAUCAGGACCAAUCUGGAUGGAUGAAGUGGCGUGUGGAGGAUCAGAGUCGACACUGAAGAACUGUAGAUCAGAUGGGUGGGGUGUAAAUGACUGUAAUCAUGGUGAAGAUGCUGGAGUCACCUGCUCAGGUCACAGAAAGCCGAGACUCUCUGCUGGUCCUCACCGGUGCUCUGGGAGAGUGGAGGUGUUCCAUGGACGUUCCUGGUCCACAGUGUGUGAUGCUGACUUUGACCAGCAGGAUGCAGAGGUUGUGUGCAGAGAGCUGGGCUGUGGGAUUCCUGUGGAGGUGCUGGGAUCAGCUGCUUUUGGCCGAGGGGAGGGUCAGGUGUGGACAGAGGAGCUUCAGUGUAGAGGAACCGAAUCUGAGAUUACCUUCUGUCCAACAUCAUCUUCACUCAAACACUCAACCUGCUCCCAUGACAACGAUGUGGGAUUAAAAUGUUCCGCUCACACAGGGGCACGGCUGGUGAACGGACCGGACUCCUGUUCCGGUCGAGUGGAGCUUCAGUACCUCAGUGAGUGGGGCACAGUUUGUGCUGUAAGCUGGGAUAGGAGAGCUACAGAUGUUCUCUGUGCACAGCUGGAUUGUGGGAGUGCUGUGGCUGUGGUGGAGGUCGAUUGGUUUGGGGAGGGGCGUGGCCCCAUCUGGGCUGAUGUGUUUGAUUGUCAGGGGAAUGAGACACACCUCUCACAAUGUGGCGUCUCAUCAUGGAGUCGAGCUGCAUGCUCUCAUCAACACGAUGCAGGAGUCAUCUGUAAUGGAUCAUCCGUGGCGUUUCAUGAGGGGCGAGUGCGGUUGUCUAGAGGGAGCGAGUGUCAGGGGGAGGUGGAGAUUUAUUUCAGGCAGGACUGGAGGAGAGUUCUCCUGGACUCGUGGAGUCUGUCUGAGGUGUCUGUGCUCUGCAGACAGCUGGGCUGUGGCUCCGUGCUGAACUACCGCUCCUCUCCAUCCACCACUGAACACAAACACAUGUGUGUAACAGGUUUCAGCUGCUCUGGGACUGAAGCUCAUCUGGGGAACUGCAGCAGAGCACAAAAUGUCAGCUGUAGCUCCGGGGAACAGCUGUACAUCACCUGCUCAGACCCCAGGUCCAUCAGGCUGGUUGGUUCUGGUGGAGACUGUGCAGGAAGGCUGGAGGUUUUCCACAGCGGCUCGUGGGGGACAGUGUGUGAUCACUCGUGGGAUAUUGAGGAUGCGCAGGUGGUGUGCAGACAGCUGCAGUGUGGAGAGGCCCUCAGUACCCACAUACCAGCCUGGUUUGGUCCUGGAACUGGGUCCAUAUGGCUGAAUGAGGUGGAGUGUGAGGGGAACGAGACGUCCCUGUGGAACUGCAGAUUUCAGCGGUGUGAAGAGGGUGAAUGUGGACACCAGGAGGACGUAGGAGUCGUGUGCUCAGAGUUUAAAGAGAUCCGACUCACGGAGGGCUGUGAGGGGAAUCUGGAAGUGUUCUACAAUGGAACCUGGGGUAAUGUGUGUCACAAUCAGAUGGAUGAUGAGACAGCAGACAUGGUGUGUCGAGAGCUGAACUGUGGAAGACGUGGCAGUCUGUCAAACACUGCAGCGAGAGUAAAAUAUGCUCCGAACUGGCUGGAUUAUCUGAAGUGUAGGAAACACGACUCUAAUCUGUGGCAGUGUCCAUCUUCACCCUGGGGACAGAACCGCUGUGAUAAUGGUGAUGAGGUGGUUCAUAUUACCUGUACAGGUGGGUGGAUUCAGACUUUUCUGCUUCUGUCCAUUGCCAUAAACUGCAAAAAGUGCUCUUCAUUUCCCUCUCAGAAACAUUGCUCAAAGCACUGGUCUCUCAGGCUGAGGGGAGAUAAGGGAAGCUGCUCUGGGAGGUUGGAGGUGUAUCAUAACGCUACAUGGGGCUCCGUUUGUGAUGAUCAGUGGAACAUCAGGAACGCUCAGGUGGUGUGCAGACAGCUGGGCUGUGGGUCGGCGCUGAGAGCUGAGAGGAAUGUUCCUGGUCCUGGUGAAGGGACGAUCUGGCUGAACAGAGUGAAGUGUCGAGGGGAUGAGAUUCACCUGUGGGACUGUCAUCAUUCCCUGAAGAUACACACUGACUGCUCUCAUGCUGGAGUCACCUGUGCAGGCAGUGUGAGGUUGGUGAAUGGUGGAAGUCGCUGUGCUGGGAGAGUGGAGGUUCUUCAGGAUGGUCAGUGGGGAACAGUGUGUGGUGAUGACUGGGAUCUGGACGAUGCUGCAGUGGUGUGUGGAGAGCUGGGCUGUGGCGAGCCUGUAAAUGCACCACAAUACAGUCACUUUGGACCGGGAUCAGGACCAAUCUGGCUGGUUGGUGUGCAGUGUAGAGGAUCAGAGUUGACACUGAAGAACUGUAGAUCAUAUGGGAGGGGGGAUUACUGCGGUCACGGUCAGGAUGCUGGAGUCACCUGUUCAGGUCAGGGUUCGAGACUCUCUGCUGGUCCUCACCGGUGCUCUGGGAGAGUGGAGGUGCUUCAUGGAGGUUCCUGGUCCACAGUGUGUGAUGCUGACUUUGACCAGCAGGAUGCAGAGGUUGUGUGCAGAGAGCUGGGCUGUGGGAUUCCUGUGGAGGUGCUGGGAUCAGCUGCUUUUGGCCGAGGGGAGGGUCAGGUGUGGACAGAGGAGCUUCAGUGUAGAGGAACCGAAUCUGAGAUUUACUUCUGUCCAACAUCAUCUUCACUCAAACACUCAACCUGCUCCCAUGACAACGAUGUGGGAUUAAAAUGUUCUGGUCACACAGGGGCGCGGCUGGUGAACGGACUGGACUCCUGUUCCGGUCGAGUGGAGCUCCAGUACCUCAGUGAGUGGGGCACAGUUUGUGCUGUAAGCUGGGAUAGGAGAGCUGCAGAUGUUCUCUGUGCACAGCUGGAUUGUGGGAGUGCUGUGGCUGUGGUGGAGGUCGACUGGUUUGGGGAGGGGCGUGGCCACAUCUGGGCUGAUGUGUUUGAUUGUCAGGGGAAUGAGACACACCUCUCACAAUGUGGCGUCUCAUCAUGGAAUCGAGCUGCAUGCUCUCAUCAACACGAUGCUGGAGUCAUCUGUAAUGGAUCAUCCGUGGCAUUUCAUGAGGGGCGAGUGCGGUUGUCUGGAGGGAGCGAGUGUCAGGGGGAGGUGGAGAUUUAUUUCAGGCAGGACUGGAGGAGAGUUCUCCUGGACUCGUGGAGUCUGUCUGAGGCGUCUGUGGUCUGCAGACAGCUGGGCUGUGGCUCCGUGCUGAACUACCGCUCCUCUCCAUCCACCACUGAACACAAACACAUGUGUGUAACGGGUUUCAGCUGCUCUGGGACUGAGGCUCAUCUGGGGAACUGCAGCAGAGCACAAAAUGUCAGCUGCAGCUCCAGGGAACAGCUGUACAUCACCUGCUCAGGUAAGUUUGACUCAGACCCCAGGUCCAUCAGGCUGGUUGGUUCUGGUGGAGACUGUGCAGGAAGGCUGGAGGUUUUCCACAGCGGCUCGUGGGGGACAGUGUGUGACGACUCGUGGGAUAUUGAGGAUGCGCAGGUGGUGUGCAGACAGCUGCAGUGUGGAGAGGCCCUCAGUACCCACAUACCAGCCUGGUUUGGUCCUGGAACUGGGUCCAUAUGGCUGAAUGAGGUGGAGUGUGAGGGGAACGAGACGUCCCUGUGGAACUGCAGAUUUCAGCGGUGUGAAGAGGGUGAAUGUGGACACCAGGAGGACGUAGGAGUCGUGUGCUCAGAGUUUAAAGAGAUCCGACUCACGGAGGGCUGUGAGGGGAAUCUGGAAGUGUUCUACAAUGGAACCUGGGGUAAUGUGUGUCACAAUCAGAUGGAGCAGGAGUUAGAAACAGCAGACAUGGUGUGUCGAGAGCUGAACUGUGGAAGGCGUGAGCGUUUUGACUCAGGCAGAGCGAGAGUAAAAUCUGCUCCGAACUGGCUGGAUCAUCUGAAGUGUAGGAAACACGACUCUAAUCUGUGGCAGUGUCCAUCUUCACCCUGGGGACAGAACCGCUGUGAUAAUGGUGAUGAGGUGGUUCAUAUUACCUGUACAGGUGGGUGGAUUCAGACUUUUCUGCUUCUGUCCUGCUCUUCAUUUCCCUCUCAGAAACAUUGCUCAAAGCGCUGGUCUCUCAGGCUGAGGGGAGAUAAGGGAAGCUGCUCUGGGAGGUUGGAGGUGUAUCAUAACGCUACGUGGGGCUCCGUUUGUGAUGAUCAGUGGAACAUCAGGAACGCUCAGGUGGUGUGCAGACAGCUGGACUGUGGGUCGGCGCUGAGAGCUGAGAGGAAUGUUCCUGGUCCUGGUGAAGGGACGAUCUGGCUGAACAGAGUGAAGUGUCGAGGGGAUGAGAUUCACCUGUGGGACUGUCAUCAUUCCCUCAAGAACCACACUGACUGCUCUCAUGCUGGAGUCACCUGUGCAGACAUAUCCACUGUGUCCACUACAAUACCCAUCACUACCACCACUACAUCAGGAGACAGUCCAGAAGAUUAUGAUGAUGUCAUCACUGAGGAACAGGAUGUAGGAGAGACAAAGUGA